AUGGGCUGGAACCAUCGCCCUUCUGCUAUCCAGGAUAUCGAUAUCCUUGGCGGCCCCGUUCGCAAAAAUGGUGCUGUGGUCAGUGAGAACAUCGAAUGUAGCCGUAUUGGCCGUGAUCUCAUGGCCUUGGGAGGAAAUGCAAUCGACGCCAUCGUCGGCACCCAGCUCUGCGUCGGCGUCACAGCCAUGUACCACUCCGGCAUCGGAGGUGGAGGAUUCGCCGUAGUCCGCGACUCUGAAGGGAACUACGAAGUCGUCGAUUUCAGGGAAUCCGCCCCGGCAGCCGCCAGCGAGGAUAUGUUCAACAAUAACGCCGACGCGAGCAUAUCCGGCGGCUUGGCCGUGGGUGUCCCGGGGGAGUUGAAGGGGUUGGAGUAUAUGCAUAAGAAGUAUGGUUCUUUGCCCUGGGAUCGGGUAGUUAUGCCUGCUUCUCAUCUUGCCAAGCGCGGCAUCACCAUCAAUGCCGACAUGGACCGGUACAUGAAAGCGGCCAUCGAGAGCGCCGGGAGAAACUUCCUUGUGGAAGAUCCGGAAUGGGCUGAAGAGUUCGCUCCCAACGGCACGUUGCUCGGUCUUGGGGACACGAUAUAUCUGAACCGUUAUGCCGCAACCCUCAAAACAAUAGCCAUCGAAGGCGCAGAUGCCUUCUACACCGGAAGCCUCGCCGCCUCCUUCGUCCGCACCGUCCAGGAAACCGGCGGCAUCAUGACCCUGGACGACAUGCGCUCCUACCGCGUCGAGUCCCGCGAACCCCUCCUCACCACCUUCCGCAACUUCACCCUCAUCUCCGCCGGCGUCCCCGCCAGCGGCGCCGUCUGCCUCAACACCCUCAAGAUCCUCGAGCAGUUCGACGACCACGCCGCCGCCGACACCAACCUCACCACCCACCGCUUCGACGAGGCCUCCCGCUUCGCCUACGGCGCCCGCUCCCUGCUGGGCGACCCAUCCUUCGUCGCCGGCAUGCCCGCCUACGAGCGCCGCCUCCUCUCCGCCGCCGAAGCCAAGGCCAUCCGCGCCCGCAUCCGCGACGACGCCACCCUCCCCGUCGAACACUACGACCCGGACCGCCGCCACGGCUCCGACCUGCCCCACCCCCACUACUACACCACCCCCGGCUUCGGCACCUCCCACGUCGCCGCCGUCGGCGCCGCCUCGGGCCUCGCCGCCACCCUGACCUCCACCGUCAACCUCCUCUUCGGCGCCCUCCGCAUCGACCCCCGCACCGGCGUCGUCCUCAACAACGAGAUGAACGACUUCUCCAUCCCGGGCGUCCGCAACGCCUUCGGCUUCGAACCCUCCCCCGCCAACUUCAUCCGCCCGCGUAAGCGGCCCCUCUCGUCCUCCUCCCCCGUCCUCGUCGAGGACGCCCACGGAACCCUCCGCAUGGCCAUCGGCGCCGCCGGCGGCUCGCGCAUCAUCAGCGCCACCGCCCAGGUCAUCUGGCGCGUCCUCGAGCAGGGCUGGUCCCUGCCCGACGCCAUGCGCGCCCCGAGGCUGCACGACCAGCUCAUGCCCAACCGUGUCAUGCUGGAGUACAGCUUCGAUAACGCCACCGCUGCCAGCUUGCACGAGAAGGGGCACAACAUCACCUGGGUCCCCGAGGGGCUGAGCGCUGUGCAGGCCAUUCGUGUUCUUGACCAUGGCGUCUUCGAGGCGGUCGGUGAGCCGCGCCAGCGUCACAGCGGCGGGUUGACGAGAUGA